GAAGCAGCAACUCCAGAAAGACUGAUGCGCCUUAGAAGCGCCCAGAGGAGAGCAGGAGAGAGUGACACCCGCCCGUCAAGCGCGCAAGCCUCCGCCAGCGCUAGCUAGUGUCCCCAGAGCUCGGGCGGCGCCCACCUACGACGGAGCCGCGGGCCAGGGGGUGCGCCCCUGGAGGCACCAAGGCAAUUAUGCAAACCCCAUAGAGCAAGAGACUGGCUUCUAGCGUUCCUUGGCAAAGAACAGGAGAGUAGCAGGAAAACCACUCCCAGCCACCAAUAUAUUCCUGUCCCGCCCCUGCCCUGUACCAUUGUCUGAGACGCCGUUGAGAGUAACAACAGUCCAACCAGCACUGUGGCUAGAAGAAGGAUCCUGGAUGGUAUCAGUUCUGUCCAACAGGGACCUCCACACACUGGCCCCAACUGAAGUGCUGAACUCCACGUGGGCGUAUCUCCCUGACAUAUACCAGCGUACCUGCCACAUCAUCAACAUGGGAGACCAGAACGGAAACACAAGCUUUGCCCCAGACUUGAACCCACCCCAAGACCACGUCUCCUUGCUCCCCUUAAACUACAGUUAUAGUGAUUAUGACGUCCCCCUGGAUGACGAUGAGGAUGUGACCAAGACACAGACCUUCUUUGCAGCCAAAAUCGUCAUUGGCGUAGCCCUGGCAGGCAUCAUGCUAGUCUGCGGCGUUGGCAACUUUGUCUUCAUUGCUGCCCUCGCCCGCUACAAGAAGCUGCGCAACCUUACCAACCUCCUCAUCGCUAACCUGGCCAUCUCUGACUUCCUGGUGGCGAUCGUCUGCUGCCCCUUUGAGAUGGACUACUACGUAGUACGUCAGCUUUCCUGGGAGCAUGGUCACGUGCUUUGUGCCUCCGUCAACUACCUUCGUACCGUCUCCCUGUACGUCUCCACCAAUGCUCUGCUGGCCAUCGCUAUUGACAGAUAUCUCGCUAUUGUCCACCCCUUGAAACCACGGAUGAAUUACCAGACCGCCUCCUUCCUGAUCGCUUUGGUCUGGAUGGUCUCCAUCCUCAUCGCCAUCCCAUCUGCCUACUUCACCACAGAAACCAUCCUCGUUAUCGUCAAGAAUCAGGAAAAGCUCUUCUGUGGUCAGAUCUGGCCCGUGGACCAGCAGCUCUACUACAAAUCCUACUUCCUCUUCGUCUUCGGGCUUGAGUUCGUGGGUCCCGUUGUCACUAUGACCCUGUGCUAUGCCAGGAUCUCCCAGGAGCUCUGGUUCAAGGCUGUACCUGGCUUCCAGACGGAGCAGAUCCGCAAGCGGCUGCGCUGCCGCCGGAAGACAGUGCUAUUGCUCAUGGGUAUCCUCACAGCCUACGUGCUGUGCUGGGCGCCUUUCUAUGGCUUUACCAUAGUGCGAGACUUCUUUCCCACGCUGAUUGUGAAGGAGAAGCACUACCUCACCGCCUUCUAUGUCGUCGAGUGCAUUGCCAUGAGCAACAGCAUGAUCAAUACUAUAUGCUUCGUGACAGUCAAGAACAACACCAUGAAAUACUUCAAGAAGAUGCUGCUGCUGCACUGGCGGCCCUCUCACUACGGGAGUAAGUCCAGCGCGGACCUCGACCUCAAAACCAGUGGGGUUCCUGCCACCGAAGAGGUGGACUGUAUCAGGCUAAAGUAGCCUGCAGGUGUUGCCCAAGGAAAAACUUAACAUUCGAUACUCAGUAUAUCGCACUCCAUCAACCACUCACAAGCUGCAUGGAAAGAUACAGCCGUAUUCAGGCUUUCCUGCUCUAAGGUACCUGGAUGCUUCUAUGUCAUGACAUACAGCACAACUGUUGUCUGCAUAAACACCUUAAGAGACUACACACAAAUAGUAACGAGUGGCGUGGACUGAAUGCUUCUGUCUGCAAACCACACCAACAGAUUAUUCAAGGAUGAGAGCUGACAUUUGAGGGUUACCUGCUAUGAAACAGUUACCAAAAAAAAUGGUAGAAGCUA